AUGGAACAAUUGACCCUGAUCGCAAAUGGUCUUGGCGAUGGGUCAGAUUUCGAGGCCGAUGACAGCAGGUGCGCCAAUCUGACUGAGAAUGAUGUCAGUGAUGAAGAAAUCGAUCCAGAAGAACUGGAAAAGAGGAUGUGGAAGGACAGAAUAAAGCUAAAGAGAUUGAAAGACCGCCAGAAACUUGCAGCCCAGCAAGCUCUAGAUAAAUCCAAACCCAGACAUACAUCCGAUCAGGCCCGAAGGAAGAAAAUGUCCAGGGCUCAGGAUGGGAUCCUGAAGUACAUGCUGAAGCUGAUGGAAGUUUGUAAUGCUCGCGGAUUUGUGUAUGGCAUCGUACUUGAGACAGGGAAACCUGUGAGUGGAGCCUCUGAUAAUAUGAGAGCUUGGUGGAAGGAGAAGGUAAAAUUUGACAAGAACGGGCCAGCAGCCAUAGACAAGUAUGAUGCGGAGGAUUUCACCUCAGGGAAUGCACAACAUAAUGGAGAAAUUUUCCACUCUUUAAUGGGCAUCCAGGAUGCCACCCUGGGAUCUCUCCUGUCCUCCUUGAUGCAGCACUGUGACCCGCCACAGCGUAAAUUCCCCUUAGAGAAGGGCACCCCACCCCCAUGGUGGCCCUCUGGGAAUGAAGAAUGGUGGACGAAUCUGGGAUUGCCCAGUGGCCAGAUCCCUCCCUACAAAAAGCCCCAUGAUCUGAAAAAGAUAUGGAAGGUUGGAGUGCUCACAGGGGUUGUAAAGCACAUGUCUCCCAACAUUGCAAAAAUUAGAAACCAUGUUCGGAAGUCGAAGUGCCUGCAGGAUAAGAUGAGCGCUAGGGAGAGUUCGAUAUGGUCUGCGGUUCUGAACCGGGAGGAAUCUAUGGCAAAUGCAGGUAAACAUGGGAUACCUGAACUAACAGAGAUGCGAAGAAGCAGUUCAGUAGAAAAGAGGGACAAUGGUACCAGUAGCAAUAAUAAAUAUGACCCAGCUGGUUUUGGAGAUGCUCAGUGCCCUGUGAUGUCUAAAGAUGAUGAGUCUGUGGAGCCAUGCCGAGAUUCAGCAACACAGGUGAGCUACCCACAUGAGAAUGGGGAUGCUAAUGUUCUACAAAACAGUAAGAGGAAAAGAAAUCGUGCAAAUCUUGAAUGCUAUGAUCAAGGAGCGUCAUUGUCGCACCUUGAGAACCAACGAGGUAAAUCCGGAGUCAGCACAGACCUGAAUCCGGCCCCUGAGUUGACGCGUCAUCAUCCACACAGUGCUCUGCCACCAACGUAUAUACUUUCUGCUGUAAGACAGCAGGAAGAAGGGUUUGGCAACCAUUGUGUCUCUCCUGAUUCUGGGUUGAGCAAUGAUACUAAUAAUAUCCCUGCUCAAAGUAUACGUGCUGGUGAUCAGCCCUUGCUAUACUCGGCUCUGGGGAAUGCUGCACUUGAAUCUGGGGAUACAAUUGGAUUCUUUUCCGCAUCAGGAGAAUGUAGGCUUUCUCAUGAUAAGGAGCGAUUCCCUGGCCCCUUGUUUGAUAAUCAGCUUAGACCUGGUGAUGCUGGAGCUGAUGGUGAAAGUCGAGCCUUCAGACAGCCUCCUCCUUUAGAGGGGAGUUCGAAUGCAGUUAAUGGUGAUGCUCAUCCCCUCGUUGAGGAUGCGUUCAGUAACGGGCAAGAUAAGCUUAUUGACGGUCACUAUGGAUCACCCCUUUGUGGGUUUUCCUUGGAUUAUGGAUUCAGCAACAGUCCAUUUAGCCUCCGUCUUGAGAACUUUGAAGAUUUUCUGCAUGAUGAAGAAAUUAUGGAAUACCUGGGAACAUAG